GGUCUUUGAUAAAAAAGAACAAAAAAAUAAGAACGGCCAUGAAGGUAUAUGGAGAUGAGAUGUCAGCGUCCGUGGCACGUGUUCUUCUCUGCCUCCAUGAGAAGAACACCGAGUUCGAGCUUGUCCCUGUCAAUCUCUUUGCUUGCCACCACAAGCUCCCUCCUUUUCUCUCCAUGAACCCCUUUGGCCAAGUUCCAGCUCUGCAAGACGACGAUCUUACCCUUUUUGAGUCGAGGGCAAUCACUGCAUAUAUAGCAGAGAAGCAUAGAGACAAAGGAACGGAUUUGACAAGACACGAGAACUCUAAAGAAGCAGCGAUUGUGAAGUUAUGGUCGGAAGUGGAGGCUCACCACUUCAACCCGGCGAUAUUCGCCGUCAUCCACCAGCUCAUCGUCGUGCCGCUUCAAGGCGAAUCUCCUGAUGCAGCCAUCGUAGAGAAGAAUCUGGAGAAGCUAGGGAAAGUGCUCGACGUGUACGAAGAGAGACUUGGGAAGACAAAAUACUUAGCCGGAGAUACUUACACACUAGCAGAUCUCCACCACGUUCCGUACACUUACUACUUCAUGAAGACGAGUCAUGCCGGUUUGAUCAACGACCGUCCUAAUGUCAAGGCGUGGUGGGAAGAUCUAUGUUCUCGUCCGGCUUUUCUUAAAGUCUCUCCUGGCUUGACCGUUGCUCCCACCACAAAUUGAUCCAAAGAUUCUCACUGCGUCUUUUUUGUUUUCUAUGAUAUCAAGUUUUUGUUGUUUUUUGGGUGUUGUUUUUGCGUUUGGGCAUCCAGAGAAUCGAACCCGGAUUAGAACUGUGGGAGGGUACUAUGAUACCAUUACACCAGAUGCGCUUUUG